AUGCUGCAACUAGAGAAAACUCAGUUCGAGAAUUUGAUCGAGUCGAUAAAGUCAAAGGUGAAGGCACUGAAAAGGAAGAAAUCGAAGAAGGUGUACGUGAAGAUGGACAAGACUAACAGUGUUAGAGUUGAGAUCCGAAGUCGUCAUGCUCGUAAACUCAUCGAUAAAACUCUGAAAGCCGCUGAUAAACCUGGCAAGCGUCCUGUCUGA